GGGACGGCGGGUCGAGCUCUGCGUCAGUAGCGUCCGCGCAACUCAUCUGCCCGUGGCUCUGCCUCUGCCUCUGCUGCUGCUGUAAGGUUGACCGAGUGUGCGAUGGGCCACGGAGACUGUGGUGUGAAAGCUGAGGAGGAGGAUGAGGUGACUCUGCCAGCAGCGCUGCAGGAGGAAGCGGCACGCGAGCUCCGCGAGGACGCGUCAGUGCGUGCCCACGGCCUGCAGCAGAUGCGCUCCUGGCUUCGCACUCACCCGGCCAUCCGCAACUGCCGUACUGAUGCUCCCUUCCUGUUGCGCUUCUUGCGCACCAAGAAGUUCAGUGUGCCGCUCGCGCAGGACAUGCUCGAGCGCUACCUCACUGUGCGCCAGCUCUAUCCCCACUGGUUCCGUGGGCUCGACGUCGACGACCCCGAUCUGUCCGAUGUACUCGACAGUGGGUACUUGAUUCCUCUGCCAGAACGUGAUGAACAUGGCCGACAAGUCCUCCUGUCCUGUGCAGGUCGAUUUGACCCUUACAAGUACUCUUCAGGACACAUGGCUCGCUGUCAUAGCCUGGUGGUUGAGGCACUUAUGGAUGAACCGGAAAAUCAGAUUCGAGGAUAUACCUACCUGAAUGAUGAAUCCGGUCUUCUCAUUGGCCACAUCAGCUUAUGGUCAUUCACAGACAUCAGAAGCAUGCUACGGUGCAUACAGAACUCAACCCCAAUGAGGCAUAAAGAGAUGCAUUUCCUUCAUGUUCCACAUUAUGCCAACAAAGUUUUUGAGUUCUUCACUGCACUUAUGAAUGAGAAGUUAAGGUCCCGUGUUGUGUUUCACCCAAGUAUCGAUGACCUGAAAGAAACUGUGAACCCAAAAAUACUGCCAAAAGAAUAUGGAGGUUUCAUUCCAAUGGCUGACAUAAUAGCGAACUUCAAAAAUGUUCUCAGAAGGAAGAGAGAUGUUCUUAAAUCACUAGAUGAUAUGGAGAUAGACCUGAAUUAUAAAACGUCAUACAUUACCGAUUUAGAAGAUGAACUAAGUGGUGUUGCAGGAAGCUUCCGAAAACUUGAGGUGGACUAGAAUUACUGCUGUAUUGUGUAAUAUAUUUUACAUCAAAAUUAAAUCAGUUUUAUAUAAAUGUGACUGU